UCAUAAAAAAAGAAGAGUAGAGUUUCCAGAAUAUCAGUGCCCUGAGCACAGUUCCCAUGAUUCCUCACUCACACUUCGUCCUUGUGAACUCCGCUCUCUCUCUCCUCUCUCGUCUCUCCUCUCUGUGAGUUAUAUGAGAGAGAAAGAGAGAGUUGUACUAGAUUAGUUGGAGGGUCAAUUUUAGAUGACAAGCAAGCAACCAAAACAUGCAAACACUCUGACCACCCUCUUACUUAAUUAGAGAGGGAGAGUGAGGGAGAUAUUCCAUUGAGGGUGAUGGGAAUGGGAUCUUAUAACAAUCACAGCAAGGGGAAUGGAAGUGGUGGCAGCGGCAGCGGCGGCAGCAGAGGGAAUGGGAAGUCAUAUGGAUUGAUGUUGGUGUUGGCAUUCGGGGCAGCGCUGCUCGGAGUGUUGCUCCUCCACAAGCUCAGGGAGCGGCGCAUCUUCAACCUCCUCCUCAAAGAGAAAGACUCCGACCUUCUUUCCCUUCACCACCUCCUCCAGACGGAGAGAGACUACACCAAAGAAUUGAGAAGGAAGAACGAAGAGAUUAAAGCAAAGCUAUACCCAAUUAGAACCCAGAAGAUGGAGCUUGACAGGAGAAUCUCGGAGCUGAAAUCCACCAUUGGUUCGCUUAAAGAGGAACUACAGACCCUGGAGGCUGUGCUCGAGGAGAAGCAAAGUGAAAUCAAGGUGCUGAGACUGAAACUGAAUGCCGAUAAUGGAAAUCCACAAGCGAUGGAAUUGGUAGAAACCUUGAAGAGCAAGGAAGCUGAAAUUGAGGAUCUGAAACACCAGGUUGAAGAUCUGGUUAAGGUCAGGUCGGUGAGCACUGAUGAUCCAUCAAAUUCACUUGUAAAUUGAUAAUGUAUGACAGUGUGUCGGGAAAAGAGAAAACAGAGAUCGCUGAGAAAAAAGAAGAGGGUGAUCGAUUGCAGGAAUCCACCGGAAACAAGGACAUCGCGGAAACAAUUUCAGGUGCGCAUGGAAAUGGGAAUAAGUCCAUUGGUCGAGAAGAUCAAAUUGGGAAUGGAGAGAGAGAAACUGAUAGGAGGGAAACGAAUGGUGGCACAGAAGAAGUUGAGAAGAUUACUAACACAACAGGAAAAGAUGGUGGUUUUGUCACUGGUGCUAAAGAAACUAAUAUUGCAAGUGAGGCUGAGACAAUUACCAACACGACCGGGAAAGAUGUUGAUCAUGAAGUAUAUGAUGGUGAAGAAAAUAAGAUCACAAGAAACGGGCAUGUUGGAAACAUUGAAAACUCUGAACCAGGCGAGAAGCAGAAACUUUAUGCGACUCCUAAAGGUGGCGACAGACAGAAGAAAUGGAGAUUAGUGACUCGAAACAGGAGGCUGGAGAAUAGGGGAAAUCUUGAGAACGACGGAGUGGGAAGUGUGAGAAGCAGAAAAUUCUUCGAAGAUGAUCAGGCUGGGUUAAUGGGAAGAGAAGAUGAAGCAGGUUCAAACAGGAAACUAGCAGGGGAUCACCUCAUUAAUUCGUCAGAUGUCAAAGGUUUGGAGCUUCAAAACUCUGAAAACACCGAAGAGCUGAAGAACAAGCUUGCCCGCGUCAACACAAGCAAAGUAAAUGGUAAAUUCGACAGCGUAACACAUAAUGAUAGAAAACAAAAAGUUGAAGUUGGAGAGUCGGAAGAGCACGAAGCCAGAAGCAUCCAACAACAGAACCUGUACAGCAAGGAUACCAAGAAACUGGAAGAUAGUGAUGAAGAAAUGAACACUGCCGAUCCACAGGACUCGGAUUUGGAAGUUGCGGAUGCGGAGGAACAAGAAACAGACGCGACCGAUGAUAAUAUCUUUGACGAAUCUGGUUCCGGUUUGGAAGAAGAUAAAGAAGAGUACAGGGAGGAAAUCGACGAGUCUGAGUUUUAGCGGAUUUAACAAGUUGGCAAGACUUCUAUGCAAAAAGAGUGUCAGGCCUCUGCUUUCGUUUAGCAUGUUUUAGCUUAGAGAGCUGUUGUAUUUAGCAACAAUCGUCCCUAAUACAACCAAGGAUAACGGUUUGUCAAGAAGUGCCAAGAAAA